CUUGACUUUUCAGUGCGGGCGGACGGGUUCACGAACGGGGAAGGACGCGGAAGGAGCUCAGCUCCUUUUGGGAAUUUAAGGAGGUGCAGACCGCCUCCUGUAUCUCCACACACACAUUUCCUCUCUCUCUCUCUCUCUCUCGCGGUCUUCUGUGCCUGCUGAAUCCCAUAUCUUUCUUGUGGAAAAGGAGGCAAAGAUGGUGAAGAUCUGCUGCAUUGGGGCUGGCUAUGUCGGUGGCCCGACCAUGGCCGUCAUUGCGUUGAAAUGCCCAUCCAUUGAGGUGGUCGUUGUGGACAUCUCUGCCACUCGCAUUGCAGCAUGGAACAGCGAUCAACUCCCAAUCUAUGAACCAGGGCUUGACGACGUGGUUAAGCAGUGCCGAGGGAGGAACCUCUUCUUCAGUACUGAUGUAGAAAAGCACGUCUGUGAAGCUGAUAUCAUCUUUGUCUCGGUGAACACGCCGACCAAAACCCGUGGCCUUGGUGCAGGUAAGGCAGCUGAUCUUACCUACUGGGAGAGUGCAGCUCGCAUGAUCGCUGAUGUAUCCAAAUCUGACAAAAUUGUGGUUGAGAAGUCCACUGUCCCUGUAAAGACUGCCGAGGCAAUCGAAAAGAUCUUAACCCACAACAGCAAAGGCAUCAGCUACCAGAUCCUCUCCAACCCAGAGUUUCUUGCAGAGGGUACAGCAAUUCAGGAUUUGUUCAACCCUGAUCGAGUGCUUAUAGGUGGUCGGGAGACCCCAGAGGGUCGGAAGGCCGUCCAAGCACUGAAAGAGGUCUAUGCCAAUUGGGUUCCUGAGGAUAGAAUCAUCACAACCAAUCUAUGGUCUGCUGAGCUAUCCAAGCUUGCUGCUAAUGCCAUCUUGGCUCAAAGGAUCUCGUCGGUGAAUGCCAUUUCAGCGCUCUGUGAGGCCACGGGUGCCAAUGUGUCUGAGGUCGCCUAUGCUGUUGGAAAAGACUCCAGGAUCGGGCCUAAGUUCUUGAAUGCGAGUGUGGGGUUUGGUGGCUCCUGCUUCCAAAAGGACAUCCUUAACCUGGUCUACAUCUGCGAGUGCAAUGGUCUUCCAGAGGUGGCCACUUACUGGAAGCAAGUUAUCAAGAUCAAUGACUACCAGAAAAGCAGGUUCGUGAACCGGGUGGUUUCUUCCAUGUUCAACACUGUUUCUGGAAAGAAGAUUGCUGUGCUUGGGUUUGCAUUCAAGAAGGACACAGGUGACACGAGGGAGACUCCAGCCAUCGAUGUUUGCAAGGGUCUUUUGGGCGACAAGGCCAAGAUUAGUAUCUAUGAUCCCCAAGUGUCUGCAGACCAGAUCCGGCGUGAUCUUGCGAUGAACAAGUUCGACUGGGAUCACCCCAUCCACCUCCAGCCGACGAGCCCAACAGCCGUGAAGGAGGUUACUGUGACCUGGGAUGCAUACGAGGCCACCAAGGGGGCACAUGGUGUUUGCAUCCUGACCGAGUGGGAUGAGUUUAAAAGGCUGGACUAUGCAAAGAUCUAUGAGAAUAUGCAGAAGCCUGCUUUUAUCUUUGAUGGGCGCAAUGUCGUGAACCCUGAGAAGCUAAGGGAGAUUGGCUUCAUCGUUUACUCGAUUGGGAAGCCAUUGGAUCAAUGGCUUAAGGACAUGCCUGCUGUCGUCUAGUUGGGAGUUCAGCGGGGACAGAUGGGAAGCCGAGGAUACUUCAUGAUGCUGUCUAAUUUUACUCUUUAUGGCUUAUUGUUCUCCAGUAAUGUUUAGACAGGAAAUGGUGAUUGCACCAUUAUCCUACCUCCUCCGUUCUCCUUAGCGUGCCUUCUGUUGCAUUUGAUGAGAGAACUGAUCCCUUUUGUCUACUAGGCUUUGCUGCUUGAUGCAUUCCUGCUACCAGAGGAAAAGAUGGAUUGCUUGUUGUUUCUUGUAGGUUUCUGUCGCUCGAAUCUCAUUAUAGCUGAAUGCCAGUUCUGGUUUUCUCA